UGCAGGUUGAUGCAUUUUGACUGACACAUAUAUUUUCCAUAAAAUAACAAGCCAUUCAAACUGCAACCAUGUGAGAGGAACCUUAAUUCAUCUGCACAAAUUUCCUUCAUAGCCUGUUACUUUACCUCUACGGUCUAAGUUCUUCCUAGUUCUUUAAUAUUCAGAUGCUUGCCCUGUGUCAUGUAAGAGUGGAGAUGGGAAAUAACCCGUGGUCUGUGCUGGCUUGACCUGAAUGGGUUAACUAACCAUCUGGAUAUUUUCCAAGGUGUUUGAAAGCAAAAUAAGCAAGUGCAGCAUCCUGGAGAUCCAGUUACCUAGCCACUGACGAGAUCUGUACUUUCAACUGCAGCCUGGAGAUCAGGGUCCAAGGCAGAUUUGGCUUGCAGGAUAGGAAGCAUGUGGCAUGGUAGGUGGGAAGAGAGGAGGGUAGACCAGGUACAGGGCACAGGAUUUGGGCUGUGUUUCUGGUGGUUUAGGGGAUGAGUUAGAAGGAUGGUAGAUUUGGAUUCAGAAGGUCAAGGGUGCAGAAAAGAGAGAAGAGCUGAAGGAAAGUGAAGUCAUAGCCCCAGGAAAAGAGUUGGGAGGUGAAAACCCUUUUUCCUCGCUCCCAUGCAUCCAAGGUGGUGCAUGCAGUUGCCUUCAGUAUCUCUGAACAUCUCUGUAGAUGAUGCUCUGCGAUACCCCUGCCAGCCCAUCAUGACUCUGUACCUACGUGUGCCCCUCAUCAUCUGCUGCUGAGGGGAGGAUGGUUUUUCCAGAGUCCCUGAUCUGACAGAGGGGUUAUUAGCAGGGUCCUUGGUGGCAAUUACCAGGGAUCCUAAAGCGAUGGCAUGGCAAGGUGGACCUCCUCUCUACCAGUGCAGGUGGAUGGAUUUCUACAGGGCUGAUCCCUGCAUAGACCUCUCCUCCUGGGAAAGAAAGGGUUUUCCUUCCCCCUUUUCCACCACUGUCUCAGAGUCCCAACUGAUGCUGCAAAGCUUCCCUGUCUCUCCUGUGAGAGACACUUUUAUUCCACUUGAAAUGAGAAAAGACAUUUUUCACACAUAUACACCAUUGGCAUGGAAAAGCGCUUCUAGAGAUGUUUCUAGCCUACGUUGAUUUAGGAUCCCUCCUUCCCCUUUCAUUACCUACAUUACACCCCACCCGGUGUGGGUGACAUUUCAGUUGGAGAUGCUGACUGUUCCUCAGGUAUUUUCUAUAUACAAAAGACAUGGUGGAGUUUGGUUCUUUCUGCUGCUUCAAAGCCUGGAUUAAACUAAGGCAGCACCACUUCAUGGAGGGGUUUCUAAAGACCUAACACUUACUUCCUUUGUGUCUUACACAUGCACAGGACAAAAAGUUUCAUUUCAGUGUGAACAGAAGUUCUCACAUUAAGUGAAAUGUAAUUUUUUUUUUUCCAAUGGCAAUUUCGUAACAGUAACUUGGAGAAGUGCCAGUUCACUCCAGCCCAAAUCAACCCCCUUUCCGUUUUCCAGCUUGGUGCGUCACGCAGAAGUUCAGCUAUGCAUACAACACAGGCUGUAGAUUACUCACAGGGACCUAACCACAAACCUAUAGAUCUGAUAACAUUUUGUACCUAUCCUUUUCAGAAUACAACAUGUUUUCUGUGUGCAGGCAGCAGGACUUGGGACAUCUUGGACACUUUCUGGUGUAGUCCUGGAGGAAGCUGCAGAUAUUACUGCCACAUAAAUGAGUAUCUGAUUGGAAGCUGCUGUAACAAAUACAGAUGCUGUUAAGAAAUACCCAGGAAUAUCCUAUGUACUCAAAGAAUAAAGAAAAAGGAGGUGUGUUCUUAGCUUCAAAGAUAUCUCUGCUCUUUAACAUAGGCUCAUUAAUGAUUCUUCAAUAAAAGGAUUUUUCUUCUAUUUUUGAUGUUGAGUAUAUGCUUUCCCUGUUUUCCUUCUGGAGUUUUAACUUCUCACACUGCUAGAUGCAACAACUUGGUCUAAAGGGAAAAAAUCCAAUUUUAGCUAGAAAAAUAUAACAAAUUAAGACAUGUCAUUCUGUCAAUGUGCCAGAUUCCUGUAUCUCAUACAAAGGAGGAGGAUUCAUAUUUUAUUAAGAUUUUAUUUUGUUAACGAAUAUUUUAUUAAGCUUCUGCUGUAAGUCAUAUUUGUCAUAAUGACUGAGAAAAAAAAUACAUACAUAUCAUUCAUUAAAUACUCCAAAGACAAUUAUGUGGAUGAUUUAACAAAUUUGAUUAAUAUAUAAGGUUAUGAGUUUGGAAAAAAAUAUAUCUUCUACACUUCACCUUACCAGAAGUUUCAAUGUGGUUUCUCAGAUAAGUCUCUCAAAAGGGAAAAAACCUAAACCAGUUGGGUAUCUAAAUCCGCAUGUAUUCAGAUACAUGAAACUAGAUAUCCAAGUAUGAAAAUCAGGGGUAGGCUUGCUCUCUACAAAUAAAUUUGGAUUUUGUUAGACCAAGGCAAGUUGGUAGAUGCAGCUUGCAUUCACUGCAACAAUUCAUGUGGAAGAAAGACUUUUCAGGGCUGUUUCAUACAACACUGCUGGGUAAGAGGACUUGAUUACCUUUUUUGUCCGACAGCUCGGUAGCUAGGAUAUGUGAGACCUAGCUCCAGUUCUGUUUCUCCCUGGGGUACUUAAAUCCAUUAGUGCUCCUUUUCAAACUAUGGAGUACUAAAGAAUAAAAAUGUUCAUUUUACCUCCUUUACCCUGUUGUAUGUGGUAUAAAAAAGAUCAUGCAUCUACCAGAGUAGAGCCAGUACCCCAGGUUUCCAUGGAGGGGUGUAGAGAGCACAGUGGUGUUUUGGGACAGGAUUCCUUGCUACCAGAAUUGCUUUAUUUUGUAUUAAACUUUUUGAUCAUUGCAUCACAGAGCAGGACCUUACAAAUGAUUCUAUAACUUUCUCCUCUUUUUUUUCUUUUUUCUUUUUCUUUUUCUUUUUUUUUUCUACAAAAUGACCACAACCAGAAGUUAACAAUUAAGAAAAACAUUUAAGAAUUGACCCAGCUGCCCACACACAGAGACUACAACAGCCAUUUGAGAGGCCCCGUGGCAUUAGAAACGUCAAUGUCUGCUGGGGGCUGGCAGAUAUCCUGCAGGAGCUAUGGGCGAUCUGCACCCUCACGCAGCAGCAGCUGGAGGCCAGAUGGGAUCCCCGAGUUAUCUUUAAUGACAAUAGAUGCCCUUAGUUAUGGACUUGGCCAGCUAAGUACAAGUAUCUACAGCGCAGGUUUCUGCAUGAGUGUUGGCUUCUAAGGUCCCACCAUAGCUAAAUAAGUGAUAUGAGUCCUGGAACCACUAGUUAAACAUCUCACUCCCAUGCAGCCACAUGCCUUGUAGGUGCUUACAUCUCAGUAUCUGAGUCUGGUGCUGACCACCACCAUUGAGCUUCAAUCAGUUGACCACACGUGAGUGUCCAGUGCCAUUUUAAAUAAGUUAGGCCAUACACAUGGACACUCAUUUGCCCCUCAUAUGUAGAUUGUCUCAGAGGUCCUAUGUCUUACUGGGUAGUCCCAUGAGAUUCUUGGGAUACCCUAGGGCAGCCCGCAGGAAUUAGACCUACACAUUUGAGCAACUGAAUUGAGUCAAUAAUAUCAACCAACUAAUAUUUUUAGAAAUAAAAUUGAUUGUUUAGUUAGUUCAAAUGUUAUUUUUCAGUUAGGAAAAUGAUGCAAAAAAAUCAUUUAUUUGCAUCGAUGAAUGGAGACUGCAAACAUUGCAGCAGCACCUUGGACCUUCUGCUAUACUCAUCAUCAUCAUCACCAUCACCAACAGCAUUCCCAGGCACCUCUCUCCCACCAAAACAAUGGCUAAUUUUCUCUGGGUGGUCCAUUACCAACCACCUUGAUUUUUGAAGUUAACAAGUAAUGAAGCUCUCCAGGUGGGUUGGUAUUAAGAAGCAGCCUUCCCAGUGGCCGUGUGGGGAGGUAUAGUUACCUCUCUGCUUGCUUUUGUGACCUUCUGCCAUUGUUCGGGUUUAGCCGUGUGCAGCGGUCAAGCUGUACUCAUUGCCUUCCACACUGACCACUGCCAAGGUCCCCCGGACAGCCAGCUCUCCUCCCACAGCCCUAUAAAUGCAAGAAUGCUCCCUCCUCCCCUGCUCAAAGCAUUGUGACCAUCUCCACGCUGCAGCUGAGACCUUCCACCAUGAAGCUCUUCUCCUGCCUCAUGGCUCUUCUCCUCCUCCUCCUCCAGGCUGUUCCAGGUCUCAGCUUGCCCAAAGACACCUUACGUUGUGUUGGAUACCACGGUUUCUGCUUCCAUUCAAAAUCCUGCCCAGAGCCAUUUGCUGCAUUUGGAACUUGCUCUCGGCGCCAGAAAACCUGCUGCAUAGACACAACAUCAAACUUCCAUACCUGUCAAGAUGAAGGGGGUCAUUGCGUACCUCCAGAAAUCAAAUGUCUGCAAGAACAAGUGGGACUUUGCCCUCACAGAGGAUGGAAGUGCUGCACAGAAGUGUAAUAAAGACCUCACAGGAUUGCAGAAAGCCACACAAAUCCAUGGACAAGAAAGCAAACCAGUUUUCUUCCUAAUGUUGUAAAGAAGAUGUCUGGUUUUCUCAGCAUGCGAAGUGCAUAAUUAACUAGAGGUGGCAUGUUUCUUUAUAUAACAAAGGCAAUACUAAAUAAACAGAUACAACAGUCGGAUAUGUAUGGAAAGAGGCAGAAUGUCUCCCUAUUACACCUGCACACAGAAAUCCACAGAAACAUUGCUGUAAUGUCCUUGGAAACCACAUCCCCUCAUAAUCCAAACCUCAUCUCCUUCUCUUUUCUUCCUUCCUUCCUUUCUUCCUUCCUUCCUUCCGUCCAUCCGUCUGUCACAAAUCAGGCAGGCGUGUGUGGCUUGCAGCUGGAAACAGCAGAACUCUUCCUGAAUCCACAUUUUUUACCUAGGAUGGAGUACUAAAGGGAAAGAAAGGUUUAGAAAUUAUUUGAGAAUUUUUUUAAGCAUUUUGGCUUUGAUUGUUUUCUGCCCUUUGUAUUUUUUGCUAAAGAAGAGG